AUGGCGGCCAAAGAGAGAAAGCUUCUCCUUCAUGAAAAAGUCGAGGUGAGGAGCUUGGAUGACGGGUUUCUUGGUUCGUGGCACCCUGGGGUGGUUAUCCGCUGCGGAGAACUGGUUCGCGUGGUCGAGUAUGAUCACAUUCUCUGUGAAGUUGAUGGUGAUGCUAAGCUGGUUGAGGAUGUGAAGGUGACCCCUGCAAUUGAUGGGGUUCUUGAUGAGGAAGUUAAGAGGCUCGGUGAGUAUAGGGGCUCGAUUAGGCCUUGUCCGAAAUCUCCAACUUUGGGUGCUGCAGGGGCGUGGUUUCUGCAUUAUGGAGUGUGUGUUGACUUGUUUCUUGACGACGCUUGGUGGGAAGGUGUGGUGCUUGACCACGAAGAUGGGUGUGAUAGGCGGAGAAUUUUCUUUCCUGACCUGGGUGAUGAAGUUGAAGGCAAGGUUGAUGAUUUGCGGCUUAGUAAGGAUUGGGAUGAGGUCACACAGAGAUGGAAGUCUCGUGGGAACUGGCUGUUUCUUGAAUUAAUCGAGGAACAGGAGAUAGACUGGCCUCUCCUCGUGUCUGUGCGGCAAAUGUGGUAUGAUGUGAGGACGAAGGAUAAGUUUGAAAAGGUUGGGGAGUGGACUUCGUCUAACAGGGAGGUGUGGAAUGAAUUAUUGCAAGAGGUGUUUCGUGAUAAUUUUAAGCUUGCUGUUGAGCAUCUCUUUGCAAACGUAUCCUGUAAAUCAGGGAAACAAGGACAAACGUCACUGACAUUUCUGGAAAAAGAGUGUGAAUCUAUUCUAAAAUCUGAAGGACCUUUUCGUAGUUCUGUUGCAGCUGUUGCACCUGUUGAAGAAGGAAUUCCGCGAACUGAUUCAAAUCAUGAAAGCGAUGAUAGGGUUCAGAUUCAGGAUGAUCGGGUUUGUGUCUCAGUUAGACCCGAGAAUGAACAAGUUUUGUCUCAGAAUCCAGUUGAAGAUUCUGGGAUUAGUUCGAGCAGUUCUGAUGAAUCUCCUAGUUUGAAACUGAAACGGGGAAAACGUAAAAUUUUAACCCAGAAAAGAAUGCUUAAAUGGCGGUCUGCUGUGCCUAAAUUGAUUAGUGAGCCUAAGAAAUGCCCUGAUGCCAUUGAUCGUUAUAAGGAGGAGUAUCUUCCGUCGAAAUGUACUGCUCCGAGUGAGCUCAUAUUGGAUGUUAGCAAGCAUCUACUGCAUUUGGGCUGGAAAAUUGAUUAUACACAUGGUGGUAAAGGAAAUACAAUUAGGAGACGUUAUACAUCUCCUGAUGGGAAAAGAUUCCCUUCACUUCCUGGGGUUUUUAAGAAGCUUGACUGUGACUUUGAGGUGGAACACAGAUCAUUGCAAGCUAGUAUGCACCCAAACAACGCCAUUGCAAACUCCGUGAGUUCACAUGAAGAGGCACCCUCACCUCCUUCGAAAUCCCAAGCUUCCAGUGAGUUGUCCAAGUCAUGCAACACCAAUGAGAUGAUUCACAUAGAACCUAAACAUUGCCCCGAAGCAGUGGAGCAUUAUUGUUCACUAGGUGCAAAGCUAAGGCGAGCAGGACCGGAAGGCGAGAAAGCAAGGCAACACUUGUCUUCACUUGGAUGGUCUUUUUAUUACCAUAAGAAAAUAGAGGGCAGGGAAAUGCGUUAUAUAUCACCUGCUGGAAUAAUUUUUCCCUCCCUUCUUGGAGCUUGUAGAUGGUGUGUCCAAACUGGUGCACAUACUUCCACCGGUCUCUCUCCCUCCACUGGAAGAGUCGUAAAUAGAGAUUUCAUCGAUAAUGAUCACGGCGAUUUAUGCAUGAGUAAAUCACAGCUUGUGUCUGUGGCGGAUGAUUCCACUGUAAGUACCCCUUUAUUAGAGAAUGGCAAUAUGCAGUUAACCGAUGUGCCAGUGUCGGAGGGGUUUGUUCAGUCGAUCAAAGGUGAAGUUCAAAAAACCAGAAUGUCGAGGAGGAAGAGGAGAAAACUCGAAUCAGAUUGUCUUGAAGUCUCACUAUUAUCACCCAACAAAGGAAGGAAAUCUAAAAUGAGGCUAAGGGGAGAUUCAAAUGCUGAUUCUUCAACCCCAGUGAGGAGAUCUAGUAAAAGGGUACGCGAGAGGGAUGCUUCUUCCUCUCAGCAGGCCCCACGAACUAUCUUGUCCUGGUUGAUUGACAAUAAUGUGGUUUCGCUAGGAGAAAAAGUUCACUAUCGCAGUAGCAAAAAGCGUCCUCGAAUGGCAGGACAGAUAUCUCGUGAGGGGAUCAAGUGUAGUUGCUGCGGGGGAAUCUUUACUCUUAGUAACUUCGAAACACAUGCUGGCGGAAGUGAUCGUAGGCCUUCUGCAAAUAUCUUUUUGGAGGAUGGUAGGUCUUUGAUUGAGUGCCAGUUGGAACUGAAACUGCGUAAUAGCCGUCGAAAUUCAAAGUUAGAACGUCAAUUGAAGGCAACCCAACAUAAUAGAAGAAGUGACAACAUAUGCUCUGUCUGUCACUAUGGAGGUGAAUUAGUUCUAUGUGACCUAUGCCCAUCAUCGUUUCAUACUCAGUGCGUUGGUUUAAAGGAUGUCCCGGAGGGUGAUUGGUUCUGUCCGUCCUGCUGCUGUCAGAUUUGCAAAUCUAAUACCGGAAAUAGACCAGCCAAAGACCCUUCUUUCCGCAUAUGUUAUCAGUGUGAGCGACGAUAUCAUGCCGAGUGCCUCACAAUUGAAGAAGAUGCACCCGGUUAUUGGUUCUGCCGCGAUACAUGUCGACAGAUAUUUCAUGGUCUGCGCGGGAUUUUGGGGGUAAAGGUUCCUGUGGGAACUGAAAAUAUGACUUGGACUUUAGUGAAAUACAUGGAAUCAGAUUUUUCUAAGAACGGUGCAGCAUCUAAUGACGAGGGUCUGGUGGAGAGUUACAGCAAGCUUAAUGUUGCCCUUAGCGUGAUGCAUGAAUGUUUCGAACCUGUCAAAGAGCCAAGGACAAGGAGGGAUAUAAUGGAAGACGUUAUCUUUAGUAGACGGUCCGAUCUUAACCGUUUGAACUUUCAAGGGUUCUACACAGUACUAUUGGAAAAGAAUGACGAAUUGGUCUCAGCGGCUAGUGUGAGGAUAUAUGGAAAAACAGUUGCAGAAGUCCCUCUAGUCGCGACACGGUUUCAAUUUCGUCGACUUGGGAUGUGUAGAAUUCUGAUGAAUGAGCUUGAGAAGCAACUCGCAGAAUUGGGAAUCGAGAGGCUUGUGUUGCCUGCUAUUCCAACUGUACUUAACACAUGGAUAAAUUCAUUCGGUUUCUCCAAGAUGGAUGAAUCAGAGAGAUUAAACUUUCUGGUCUACACCUUCCUCGACUUCCAGGGCACCGUAUUCUGCCAGAAAAUGUUGAAUAUCAAUCUUUCUAUGAUUUUGGCCCUUCCUGCAGUAAAACAAACAAACCGUUGUGACAUUAAGUUUGAUGGAAACAGUGCUGUCUCCGAAGUUCUCGAAAGGAAACAAGUAGAGGAGACCGACACUACAGAGCAAGAAAUGGCGUGCAAUAAAACAGUAGCUGACAAUGGCGAUGCCGGUUGCUCCACUGACAAAGCCAUUGUGGUGGUGGAUCAACCAACUGUCCCGGACUACUCGUCUCUCCAUCCCACCCUUGAUUAUCCUUUACUAACGAACAGCGGCACGCAAUCUGAAAGCAGCACUCCGGUUACAUUAAAAUGCUACAAGCGAAGGAAAGUAUCCGCCUGCUAAGGGCAGUAGUCUUCUCAGUAAUGUAUCUAAUCUUCUUCUUGUCGUACCUAUCAAGCUACUCGAGACCCUCUCGACUUUGGGAAGUAAGCUGGAAGAUACCCGACAUAGCUCAAAAUAAACAGACGUGGCCCCAUUGUUGAAUUUUUUGCACAGAUUACACUACUAGCUAACCAAAUCCUAACACACUGCUGGUUUUUCAAUGUCUUCAGCAGAGUUUUUUGAAGCUAUCCGUUGAAGCAACACGUUCGACGUGCUUUUGUAUAAAUCCCAUUCACUGUUCUGUUUUGUUUCAACUAAUGUUGUCACUCCUCUUAUCCUCAGGUCAGUCUCUGUAAAUAUUCUUCAAGCAGCUAAGGAAAUAUUAUGGUAUGUCAAGUUAAUUUAUUUUUGGAAAAUUGGAAAAAUUAAUCCCAUUUGUUCUUGAUUUUACCA